ACAUCAUUCAAUUAUCUAUCCGGUUAACUCUAGCCAUAAAUCAUGUCAUCACCCACGGAUGACCUACGCUCCAUAAUGGAGUCGACAUUGCUCACAUUCCUCGGACAUCAAGCACUCAAUCGCAAUGUUGAUCCGUCCGUGCCGGCGUCAAUGACCACAUCAGAGUGUUUGUGGUAUAUAAAACCAGACAGUUUCAUGACCAAAUACCCCUUUGUCGACGGCGUCAAGACCAGUGCAGAACAGAAAGAGCACAUGGGACAAGAGAUUAAGAUCAUGGAAGAAUCACGAAAUAAGAUUCUCGACAGCACUAUCGACGCAGUUGCGCGUAAAGGAAGCGCACAUGUUGAACACUGGACGAAGUUUGAUGGAAGCAAACCAUCAAUCAUGGAAAUAUGUUGGUUUGUGAACUUCACGGACGAUGGAAAGAAAAUCUCAAAAGUGGUCAAAUUCAUUGAUACUGCAGAAGGCUCAAAAACGAUUGAAGAUAUGGCUAGAGGAGGAUAUAAGCUUGAGGAAGAGGCUGCUAAGAAGGAGUCUGGCCAGGUCUAACUCCUAACUCCUAAGGCUUUAUGAUUGAGGACCCCCACCACUUUUACUAGUUCUGCAUGCCGGGCUUUAAUUGUCGGUGAUUAUAAACACCCCGUACAUGCGGUCAAAGACAUCAUUGGUAUCAUUGGAUGCAUCACGACAUUUGAGGUCCC